GCGCUGAAUGUCACAAAGCGGCAGAGGGAAGAAGGGCGAGCCUCCGGGACGGAGGCAGAGGCAGAGGCACGCAUCGCCCGCCCUCCACUUCCGCGUCUACAGCUGCGCUCCUGCAGGACCCACGGGCUGCUGGCCCGGCCGAUCUCUCCUCAGCACCCGGGACGAGCCCUGCCCAGCCCAACCCAGUGCGCCCGGCCGUCCGGUCGUCCAGGCGCGGGGACAAUGCGCUAGGCGGCCCGCGCACCCGGGCAGCCCUGAGCCCGCGCACGCAGCCCUCCGGCCUCAGCGGUGAUUGACCCUAGCCUCUCGCUUCCUCCUCCUCCUCCUUCCUCUUUCCUCUGCCUCCACUUAUCCGGCCGAGAUUGGAGCUUUCCAAGUUACCGCCGCUGCCAGGGAGGGAAGAGGGACUGGGCUCCGAAGGCCCUCUUUUGCCCCAGUUUACCUCUCAGCGCUGCGCGAUCAGCCCGGCCCUCCUCCUGCCUCUCAGUGCCCUGGCAGUCCCUCGGCCCCUGCUCCGCACUCGGUAAGGUUCCGGGCACAUUUGGGGGUGAGGAGGGGCUGCCUUUGUUGUUUACGGCCCAAGAGGUGACUUUCUUUGCUUGAGGCCAGCCCGGGGCUGACUGGGGCGCUGGGCUGCCCGAAGUUUGUGGGAAGAGAGCGGCCACCUGCUUGUGGAUGGCCCUGCAGGGAGCAGCAGAAGAGCUGGGCGGGAAAGUCGGCCAAAUUGUCUCUGCCCAGAGUUUGCAGUCUUAGAAAACUUUUUCCCGGAGGAAUCAUGCCCCUGGUAUUUGCCACAUGAUGAUCGCAGCUCUCUGAGACUCAAGCCUUCUCUCCUGUGCAUUCCGAUUGGGUUCUCGCCCCUCCUCCAGCAAACGCCCGCCCGCCUGCCCGUGGGGCCCAAGGACCAGUUGCCAGGGGACAGGGCUCGGUGCUGAGACAACAUGGACAAGUAUGAAGACUUGGGCCUUGAGGCCAGUAAAUUUAUUGAGGACCUCAACAUGUAUGAGGCCUCCAAGGAUGGCCUGUUCAGAGUGGAUAAGGGAGCCGGCAACAACCCUGAGUUCGAGGAGACCAGGAGAGUGUUUGCCACCAAGAUGGCCAAGAUCCACCUCCAGAAGCAGCAGCAGUUGCUGCAGGAGGACCUGCUGCAGGGGGGGAGUGGUUCCCUCAAUGGGGGAGGGCGGCUGGCCCCCCAGAUCCAACAUGCAGGACCCUUCCCCCACCGGGAGGCAGGGGGGAGCAGUAAACUGUCCCUGGGGGAUGGAGCUGCCAAACCCCCUCUGGCUACACCUUCCUUGGCAUCUGGGGCAGGGCCAGUGACACCAUGCCCAAUGAGUCAGCUGGCCUUUCAGAGCCAGUCACACUCAUCUGUACCCCAGGGUCAGCGGGCCAGGUUGCAUCCUGAGGGCCAGAGGAGAGCCAGCCAGGACUUUAGUUAUGGAAAUGGUACAGGGAAUUCUUCAGUCUCUACUUUGCAGGGGCUAGAUUCUAGGGGUGCUAGUGCUAUGGGCCCUGCUCAAGAGGCCUUUUCUUCUCUUUCUCAUGGAGAUUACUAUGACAACUACCCUGGGCAGAAGUGGGGAGAGGAAGCUACCCAGUUCACCAGUAUCAAACCAAGCACAGGAAGCUCUUGGCCAGCCUCCAAAUCUGCACCUGACCCUCACCUAUACCAGUCCCAGCCAUCUCCAAACUCUUGCAGGUCUUUUGAGAGUGGCUACAGUAGUCAAGAUGGCAGUGGAAAUGAGGGCCACCAACUGGGAGGGGACUCUGAACAGAAGCCAACAGCUGGCCAACCACGAUCAUCUUCUUUUUCCCACACACUCAAUUCUAGAGCUCCUCCCCCAGCCCCAGAAAUAGUGGCCCCCUUGGCCCUUCCACAGCAGAGGUCAUCUUCUUUCUCAACACCAUCCCCUCUGACAGCUUCAGGUACUUCACUUCAGGGAGAUCCACCAAGAAAAGGGGCUGGGGUGGAGAAGGAUGUUCCUGGCACUGUAGCCAAACCCACUGGGGACUCUCAGCUCUGGUACCAUGGCAGCCCCAAAUCUUAUAUUUCAAGUUCAGUUCCUGCCCCAGUGCCAACCAACAUUGACUAUCAGCCUUCCGGUGCUGCUUACCCUAAGCCCAUCGACCACUUCGUAGCUCAUGGGCAGACUCCCCAGCCCAGUUGCAGGGAGGCUGGCACAAAUCCCAAGUUGAGUUUCUCCAACCUCUCUUUGGGCCCAAUGUUGUCUGAUGCUCCUGCAUCUGCUUUUCAAGAGGGGCCAAAUAGCUUGCCAUCUGAGAGUGGCCAAGGGAGUGUCCAUCCAGAGAACUCCAGCUCCACCAAAGUAAAACUACCCUGUCAGACCCUCCUUCCACCCCCAGAGCAAGGGCUGUCUGCAGUAGAAUUAAAAUUAGAAGCACUCACCCAGCGCCUGGAGCAGGAGAUGGAUAUUCAUCCUAAGGCAGAUUAUUUUGGAGCAUGCGUGAAAUGCAAUAAGGGUGUCUUUGGAGCCAACCAAGCCUGCCAAGCAAUGGGGAACCUCUACCAUGACAGCUGCUUCACCUGUGGAGCUUGCAGUCGGAAGCUGAGGGGGAAAGCCUUUUAUUUUGUUAAUGGAAAAGUAUUCUGUGAAGAAGACUUCCUGUAUUCUGGUUUCCAGCAAUCUGCUGACAGGUGUUUUGUUUGUGGACACUUGAUAAUGGAUAUGAUCCUGCAAGCCUUAGGAAAGUCCUAUCACCCAGGCUGUUUCCGCUGUGUAAUCUGUAACGAGUGUUUGGAUGGGGUGCCCUUCACAGUCGACACAGAGAACAAGAUCUAUUGUGUCCGAGAUUACCACAAGGUGUUAGCACCCAAGUGUGCAGCAUGUGGACUCCCAAUUCUUCCAUCUGAGGGCUCUGACGAAACCAUCCGUGUUGUGUCAAUGGAUAAAGACUACCAUGUGGAGUGUUAUCACUGUGAGGAUUGCGGGAUGGAACUCAAUGAUGAAGAUGGCCACCGGUGCUACCCUCUGGAAGACCACUUGCUCUGUCAUGCCUGCCAUCUGAAGCACAUUGAGAAGGGGGCCACCUCGGCAGCUGCCCACCAGCAUCCCUACUAGUGUAACUUGGAUGAAACCGAUUUUAGUGCCUGUUUCUCUGCAUCAGCAGCAGGAAAUGUCUGAUCAGAGAACCAUGAUUUCAGUUUCAGAGACUGGGGUGUAUUGGGGUUGGGGGGAGGUGGGUGGGCGAUAAAGAAAGGAUGAGUGGUGAUGGCGGCGUGUUCAUGCAUGUGUAUGCGUGUGUAGUUUUGUUUUCCCUUGGCCAGGAAAGUGAAACAUUAUCCAGUCUGGUACAUUUAUCUUUCAAGUGCCUUCCUCUACACUCAGGAGGUCUUCAGAUUACAUGGGGAAAGUAUCAUUAUAAAGGCACAAGGAGUUUGGAUUAUGGAAAGCACAAAUUAUCCAUCCCAAGCCCUGCCUGUUGAGGACCCUUUGAAGUCUUCUUUGUGAUGCCUGUUGAGCUCAUUUUAACAUCUCCCACUACCCUCCACUCAGAAUGCCAACAGAUUGCUCAUAGACCUUCACAGUCUUUCUUUUUCCUUAGGAAAAUAAUAUCUAGGUGCAAAACACCCUUCAAAUCCUCCUUUUGUCCCAGAAAUGAGAUUUUUAGGGCUUUUUUAGCAGGACUGUGUUACAAAGAGAGGCAGUCGCUAUAUUUUCAUUGGGGACCUUGGAAGGAUUUGCCAACAGAGUGAGCCAGGUUUUUAUAUGAAGCCAAAGAAGAUGCUCAUAGAAAUGUGCCCUCAGAACUGGUCUUUUUGGACUGGGCUUGUGUUUGGGGUUUACCAAUUCAGGUCUGCCCCCAUACAGCCAUGGAGAAUGGCAUGGAGCACUUUGCAUUUAAGUGACUUGCUCAGGCUCAGAUGGCCAGGAUGUGUUCGGGGCACCAUCGGAACCCAGGUCAUUCUGGCUCCAAGGCCAUUUCUUCUGCCACCACGCCUUACCUGCCUCUCAUUGGUUUUACCAGCACCAAGUUCUGUAUUACAUAGUAAGUGCUAUGAUGGAUGUUUCUCUUAUCUUUUGUUGAAUCUCUUCAGUCUUUUCUCUCUCAUGCUCCCCAACCCUGCAAGAAGCAUGGGAGCCAUAGAGUGGCCCAUCUCUUCUUUUUUUCCCUACCUUGAGAAUUCUCCUACCAAAUCUACCAUGAGAGAAGAGCUUGGUGCAGGCACCAUUCAGCUCAUGCCAUGUCCUCAGGAUUCGUUCCUGGAGCCCCGAGGCUCCCAUUGCUAUGGAAUGACCAUUGGCAGGAGGUGGGACAGUGUUCUGUGAACACAUGGACCAUCUCUUCAGCUUGUCCACUAGGUUGUAAUUGGGAUUACCAGGGUUCUGGAGAUAGACUAAGCACUAACACCUUAAUGUAGAUAAGGCAGAACCAUUUUUCCAGAAAACCAGAUGGUUGGGGAACAUGUUCCUUGUCUUCUUGGAGAAGAGGUAUUUAAAUCAAGAAAGUCACUUCAAACAUGAAGUAUGAUUCUGAUACUCAAUGCCAUAGAUUCAGUAGAGCAAUCAGGAAGGCUUGGGUUCAAAUGCUGCCUGGAACAAUUACUUUGCUUUGUGAGCUUUGGCAAGUCAAUUAGUUGCCACCUGCCUCAGUUUCCUCAUCUGUAAAACAAGAGAGUUGAAAUCGAUGACUCCUAAAGUCCCUUCCUGUUCUAAAUCAAUAAACUUUCACUUUGAAGAAACCAGCAUAAGGGACACUUUUUAUAUAACUGCUUCCUUUGACUAUGGAUGGCUCCCUUAACAACACAAAGCUUUCCUAGUGUAGCCUAACCAAAUGGAAGGGUGUCUACACUUGCUUUGGUCCUCUGAACUCUGUUCCCCUUGUAUCAUAUCUGCUAACAAAAUGAUGCCUUUUCUUAGACAGGCCUAUCUCCAGCUUGUGAAUUCCCUGGUCAUUUAAUGCCUACUUGGACUAUAUUUUCAUUGCAUUUCUCAAGGAGCAACACAACCCAAGAAACAGCUAGAGGUCAGCAAGAUUUGCCCUAUGGUGGAAUCGAGCCCUUCUUUGGGGACUAGUGUGUGAAUACCAUUCAGUGGAAGGAACAGGGGAAAAAAGACCAUGAAAAUAUCUCUUUUCUUCUUUUCAUUUUUGGACACAGCCUGUGUUGAAAGUAGACCCCAGGGCCAGCCACGGCAUGUCCCCCCUCUUGGACCCUGCCAGACAGGGCAAAGAAACAAACAGUAUGUCUGAAGCCAACGACCUGUCUUUGUCUCUGAAAGCCUCGAACGCUGAAUUUCUGCGAACAUACAAUUAACCUUAGUUUCGUACACCAGCAGGGGAAAGAGCCUGGGAACGUCGAGGUUGUUCCAGCAGGAUUGGGGCCCAGUUCACACAGCUGUGCAGAAUUCAAAAAUGAAAUGCCUUGGUGUUCCAAAAUGUUUAUCCACCCAUAAAACAUCCGCUGGUCUUUGUCAGCCUUCCAAGACUUGUUUGAUAGUGGAUAACAAGUGUGUUACAAAGCUAAAAGAAGACCAGGGCUUGAGCCUUGAUGAAUUGUGUUCUACAUUUUUUUCAAAAUUCACAUUCCAUCACUGGAUUUUAUUCAGGGCUGCUUUGGGGACCUGCGCCCCCUCCCCAGCACCCCUGACUGGUGGCCCUCGCUCAAUUGUUGGAUCAUAGAUUUAGAACCGGAAUGGUGUCCCUGGAAUACCCUCAUUUUACAGAAGAUGAAACAGAGGCUGUAAAGGUGAAGGGACUCGUCCAAAGUCACCCAGAGCAUGAAUGGCAGCCCCAGAAUUGGAGCCCAAUCGGUCAACAAGCAUUGAUUGACGAAGAGCUGUGCCAAGCUUACCUGCCCUCGUGGAGCUGCCCUUCUGUGGGGGAGCCACCAAGUACAUACAAGCUACAGCUCCUCGAAGUCAGCUUCAGCUUGUUUUGAUUGCCCCACCAGCCCUUCCUCCCUUCCUAGGUCUAUCAGUCCAACUCCACUGAAUGCUAACUGGUUUUGUAAGUUAGCAGAAAGGGUUUUGCUCCUCUUCCAAUCAGAAUGCAACCCAUAGAGUUGGGUCAGGGUGACAGUCAAAAAGAAAAAGAAUUCGUUCCUGAAAAUGGGUGAUGAUUGGUUUGUUUUUAAAGAAUGAUUCAAUAAACAAAAGGGAGUCAGGGAGUCAGUCAACAAGUAUUUAUUAAUGGCAGACCCUAUGUUAAGUGUUGGGGGUACAAGAAAGGCAAAGCGACUUUCUGCUCCCUCUGGGUCAUUGCCUUUUCCAGUGUUAGCUGGGACCUGCUGGCAAGGCUCUUUACUUUCUGGACCAAGAGAGUUCAUUGGGAGGAUUGACAGGGAUGCUUCUGGGAGGCACUUCUUUGGGGUCUCCCAGGCCUGAGUUACCACUGGUGAAGCUGCCCUGUGUGACUUGGGGAAGAACUCUGCCUUCCAGGCUGGCCCCGUGUUUGGCUUUGUGUGAACUCUCUUCCUCCUCUUUAAGCUCUCCCCUAAGAAGCUUCUGAUGAUCAGCUCCCAUCAAAGUCUUUAAAGCUCUAGAAAUAGGCAGAAUGGAGAACCCUGCCUGCAAGCUUUCAAAGCUGUCCGGCUUGUCUGUGCUUCUUGAUGAUUUUCCUUCUUGUCUCUUCUCUGUAUUUUUUCCCAAGGUGCCUCAAGGUUUGUUUGUUUGUUUUCUCCCUCCUUCCUUCUUCUCUCUUUGUCGCUCUCCACCCCGUCUUUCUCUAUCUCCCUCUCUCUCUCCCUCCCACUCUCUGUCUCUUUCCCUCCCUCCCUCUGUCUCUCUCCACACCCCUCUCUCUUUUUCUCUCCCUCUCUCUUCCCCCCUGUCUCUCCCCCUUCCUCUCUCUGUCUCUCCCCCACUCUCUGUCUCUCUCUACCCUCUCUUUUUCCCUUUCUCUCUCUCCCCAUCUUUCCUCCUUCCUCUCUCCCUACCCUCUGACUCUAUUUUUCUCUCCCUCCCUCUCUCUGUCUCUCCCCUUCCUCCUUCUCUCUCUGUCUCCCCCCCCCCCCCCCCCAUCUCUAUCUUCUUCUCGAGGAGUUUCUUCACUUGCUAUUUCUUAUGCCAAUGAAAUCAAAGGUCCAUUCUACUCACAUGCAUAUCUGCAUACACAUGCACACCUGCAUAUAUGUAAUGUAUGUAUAGAUGUAUACACAUGUGUAUAUAUGUAACAUGGUAACUACCUGACUCUUUAUACAUAGCAAAAAAAGGGGAAGCUGCCAUUUGCCACAUCUGUGCCUUUGUACAAGUCACUUGAUUUCUCUAGACCUCAUUUUCAUCAUCUGUAAAAUGAGAGGGUUCGACUGUAGGACCUAAGGGAGGUGCUUCCAGGUCCAAGUCUCUGAUGUCUGGUUUUAUAGGCUAUUUUAAAAAGUAAAGCAAAUGAAGCUCAUGGUUUCACUUAUACUUUCACCGUACAUCUGGGCUUUCCAUUUACAUUACCUGAACCUUGUUUAUCUCAGAUGCUUCACUUUCAGAAACUAACCUUCUUCCUUUGCUUGACUUAGAACUAGUCGCCAUCUCCCACCUGCGUGUUUCUUAGCUUGGGACGUUUAAAAAUGAUAUGGGUGGUUCAAGUCAUAGCAAGAUUCAUUUAAUGGUAGCUUUCAGAAGCAAACUCCCUCUCUCUGAUGCUGACUAACAUUUCUUAUUAAUAUAACGUCAUCUCACUGGCACCUAAGCAUCGAAGACUGGUCCUUCCAGGUCGUCGCCUCUCCCUCCCUUUGCAUUUUACAUCCUAACAUUUUGGCAUCACAGAGUUACUGUGAUGGUAUACUGAAGAGAGUGGAGGUCUGGGACCAGAAUUAUUGGUAGAAUAAAUAUGAGUGGAAUCCUCCGCAGGCUCAAUGAGGUGCCGAUCUUCUCUUUAGGUCCCAUGUUAGCUUGUCUCCUUGGACAUUUUGGUACAAAGGAAAGGAAAAUGGAAAUAAUGGAGAUAUUAGAGAUGGGGUGAAUCGUUGGCCAUUACUGGUGUAAUUGGGGAAAUGCAGCGAUAUGCUAAAUGUAGCCUGUUUUUCUUUCAUCCUCACACAUGUACAAAUAAAAUGGAUACCAGGAAUCUCCUGGUUCCAUAGAAAGAUCCCCAGAUCAGAACUUCAUCAGGCUGUUGAAUCCAUCAACAAAACUCUUUUAUCUUCCUCCUUUCUUUAUGCAGGAACCUAUUCCAAAGUGUCACCAAUGAAUUUCAGAGUGAUUCUAGAAUAUCCAAAGUCAUUUUCAAGCAAAGUCUUUUUUUUAAAAAGGCAAAAGGAGGAAGCAUUUAUGAAACGUCCCCUGAUCGCCAGAUGCUACACUACGCUCUUUACACAUAUUCUCUCUUAAACUGCAGUAUCUGAGACCUCUUUUUUUUUUUCCUGAGCUAAAAGUUGGCAGAGUUGGGGGAAAAAAAUUUCUUUAUCGAGCAUGAAAAGCUCGCUGAGAGAGGAAGUGUUUCCUUCCAUGUUUAUCUUUCGUUCUAUUAUUAUAGCAUGAUUCAAACUAUUGUAAAAAUGAAUAACAAGUGUCAAGUGGAGAAUCCUACAGUACUAACCCAUGUUGUUGUUGUCGUUUAUAGCCUAUUUCUUGCCUCUGCCUGCAGAAGUGGGGCAAAUAGAAGAUUGUACUUUGCAGGUGGAUUUAGGCAGACCCAUCUGAGGGGGUCAGAGUUCUCACAGGAACAACUAUCCUGUCUCUUCAAGGUGUGCUCCAUAAAUCCUACAGGUGCUCUUUCCAUGGUAUAGAUCUCCGAAGAGUCAGUUUAUAAACCAUUAAGAUCUCCCUCUAGCAACGGUCCUUUCCAUCCUUCUCUCUCCCUUUCCCUGAGAUGAUGGCCAAGACCCACAAGGAGAUGAGGCAACCCAAUACCUCUCCCUAUAGAUGCCAAGUGUGAUAAACUGAGGCAGAUGACAUCAGAAGGUUCCCAAGCUCUGGUGACUUUUGAAUAUUUCAAGCUCUGAGCCUCCUUUUGUAGAGAAGAAAAAUAUCCAGUUCACUCAGAAGACCAUUACCAGGACAGCUGAAAAUAUAGGCACUGGUGAAAGUCUCACCUCCAGACAAAUUCUAUUAAAGAAUACUUCUGAGACUUAAAAAGUCCUUUAAGUGAGAAAUAGUUCUCCCAUCUCACUGAACCUUAGAACAAUCCUGGAAAGUGGGUGGUCGAAGUAUUAGUACCAACAUUUUAUAGAUGGGGAAACUGAGGUUCAGACCCCCCCCCCCAUCUCUCUCAUUUAGUAAGUGGAAUAUUAGAGCACAUAUUCAUGUCUUCUGCUUCAAAUCCAAAUGAUGGCUCUUUUCAACUCCACUUCCCUCGGUCAAGAUUCCCCAUUGCCCAGAUGCUUGCUUGGUGAAGGAAUGGAAAAACAGUUUGUUUUGUUUCCUAAUCCUGAAAUUGCUAUGCAGCAGGUCUGCUAUAUGUACAGAUGCUCACACUUUUCAAACCCCAACAGCUUCAACAGAAGCUGGCCAGGGCCUACAAUACUGAAUGGUACUCAUUGUGUCUGUUUGUUCCUAGGACAUUUCAAUUUAAAAAAAAAAAAAAGCUUGUUAGUACAUCUAGUGACGUAACUAAUCUUCGCUAGGGGUGGAUGGAUGCUGCCUUUUAUUUUUAAAAAGCUGUUAAGUAUUUAUGAUCUAAUAGGGCCAGGAAAAUGGAAAAGCUGGCUCAAUUUUGAAUUACCCAAAUAAAUAAAAGCAACUGAUUGUGUGCA